CGAAUACUGUUGUACUUUCUCUAAAGUUAUUCUUAAGAAACGAACCAUUGUAUAAACAUCAACACUCCUUUUUAAGUUAGCACCUAUUGAAGCACCCCUUGGCAAAGUCUGAUAAUUUGAUAACAAAAACCAUCAAUUGCGAAGCGGCGAAUGUAGUAGUUUGUAAAAUGUUCAAUCAACAACAUAACUGAGAACUGUACGUUGUUAAACUACUAGCGGAACUGCCAUGCAAAGUGUCAGUUUGAAAUGGGUGGGCUUCCGAUUUGGAUCCUAUUGAUACCCGUGAUUUUGGAAUAAAUUUGUUAUUGCUUCUAAUCUUACGUCAUCUUUCUUAAAACAUGAACCUAGGAGAAGUGUUUUCGCUAAUUGCAUUGAUUAGCAUCGCCAAAGUUGCUGGACAAAAUGAUGCCUGCUAUACUCCGGAUGGUCAACCUGGCAUCUGUAUCUUCUACAUCAACUGUGAUAUCAUUGUCCGUUUGCUGACAUUAAACUCGCAGAAACGUGACCCAAAUAUCGAAAGCUACGUCCUGCAAAGCAUCUGUGGAAAUCGCGAUCUCUCACAAAUGGUUUGCUGCCCAGGCUUACGGUUCUCACAAGAUACUAUAACUACCUCUACCACUACCACCCGUGCCACAACUACUACUGCUGCCAGCUCUGGAGGAUUUUUCUUCUUCUCCGGUCCUUCGUCCAGUGCUUCAAAUCCAAUCACAACGACCCUGCUUCCGCCACAGCCACAGGGCCCCUACAAACUACCGAUCAAUUCCGUCGACCGCUGUGGAAUGUCCAACGCUUCACAUUCUCGUGUUGUCGGAGGUAUGGAUGCCCAGCUGGGAGCUUGGCCGUGGAUGGCUGCCCUGGGAUAUCGUUCCAGUAACUAUGAUCUUACCACCGGGCCUGUGUACCUCUGCGGAGGAACUUUGAUCACCGCCAGGCACGUGUUGACUGCGGCACAUUGCAUUCAAAACUUGCUCUAUUUUGUCCGAUUGGGUGAAUAUGAUAUCACUUCCAACAAUGAUGGUGCUUCUCCGGUUGAUAUCUACGUUGAAAAAUCAUUCGUCCAUGAGCAGUAUAACGAAAGGACCAUUCAAAAUGAUGUUGCCCUAAUACGUUUGCAAAGCAAUGCGCCCCUAUCGGAUGCGAUCAAACCCAUAUGCUUACCAGUGGAAGAGCCAAUGCAUUCUCGCGAUGUGACAUACUACUCGCCAUUCAUUGCCGGUUGGGGAACGACAUCCUUUCGAGGACCAACGGCAUCCCGUUUGCAGGAAGUUCAGGUGAUCGUCCUUCCUAUUGAUCAGUGUGCGUUCAACUACAAGCUGUACUUUCCGGAUCAAGUUUUCGAUGACAAAGUGCUGUGCGCUGGAUUUCCCCAAGGCGGAAAAGAUUCAUGCCAAGGCGAUAGCGGUGGACCACUAAUGUUGCCGCAGCUCUCCAACAACGGCCAGUACUACUAUUUCAACCUGAUCGGAAUAGUUUCCUACGGUUACGAGUGUGCAAAGGCUGGUUUCCCGGGAGUUUACGCGAAAGUCAGUGCGUACAUACCGUGGAUCGAAUCGAAACUGAACGCCUGAAGGCCAGCUGAUGGGGGAGCAUCACUCACUAACUGGAUGACUAAUGCACACAGUGUUUAGCAACAGAAGCCAGAACAAUCGGUCUGUCAACCAGCUGCGGAAGUGUCCUCCUAACAAUGUGUAGUUUAUAUUCUUGAAUAGUUCUGAUUCUGUUCCGAUUGGGUUUUCUGGCGGAUAUAAAUUUUACUACCCUAUCGUAGUAGC